ACUAAGCAACAACAGAGCCUGAGAUCUUGUUUUCUUCUUGGAUCUGUUUUAUCUUUAGAGAUUUAGAACCGAGUUGAGAAAAUAUGAUUCAACUGUUUUCUCAGAUGAUGAACUUUGUUUUGACUUUUGCAUUGGUGUAUCUAAUCACGGUGGUUCCAUUACGUGUGAGCUCACAAGAAGAACAGAGGCUUCUAGUGAACAUGAAGCUUGUUACAAACGCACGUGAUACUAGUGCUCUUUGUUUAGAUGGGAGUUUACCAGCUUAUCAUUUGCACAGAGGUUAUGGAGCAGGGGAGAACAACUGGCUUCUACAAUUUGAGGGUGGUGGAUGGUGCAAUGACUUGCAAUCAUGCUUGGAGAGAGCACAAACUUUCAGGGGUUCAACAAAGCACAUGAAGAAGUUUGAGGUUUUCUCUGGUAUUUUAAGCAACAAUGCCACUCUUAAUCCAGACUUUUACAAUUGGAACCGGGUGAAACUGAGAUAUUGUGAUGGAGCUUCAUUUACAGGAAACAGAAUGUUCAAAAAUGAGACAACAACACUUUACUUCAAAGGGAAAAAGAUUUGGGAAGCCAUUAUUGAGGAUCUUCUACCAAAAGGAUUAGGAAAAGCAUACAAGGCAUUGCUUUCUGGCUGCUCAGCAGGAGGUUUAGCCACCUUUCACCAUUGUGACAAUUUCACGAAGUAUUUGCCAACAAAUGCUUCCGUUAAAUGCUUGAGUGAUGCAGGUUUUUUCCUUGAUGGAAGAGAUGUCAGUUUGAACCAUACUAUGAGAUACUUUUUUAAAAGUCUAGUUACAUUGCAGGGGAUAAAGCAGAACCUUAAUGAAAACUGCACGAGUGCGCUUUCCGAUCCAGACUUGUGCUUCUUUCCACAAUAUGCGUUGAAAUAUAUAUCAACACCGUAUUUUAUCUUGAACUCUGCCUAUGAUGUAUUCCAAUUCCAUCAUAUAUUGGCGCCACCUUCAGCUGAUCCCCUCGGGCACUGGAGACACUGCAAGAUGAACAAAUCAACAUGCACACCAGCCCAAAUAAAUACAUUGCAAGGUUUUAGGCUCAGCAUGCUUGCAGCUUUGAAACCAUUAUACUCUUACUCAAAUGGAGGGGGAAUAUUCAUAAAUUCAUGUUUUGCUCAUUGCCAAAGUGAAUCGCAAGGAACAUGGUUUGGAGACGAUUCUCCUAGAAUAAACAAGACUAUUGCAGAAGCAGUUGGUGAUUGGUAUUUUAGUAGAAACAUAAGCAAGCAAAUUGACUGUCCGUAUCCAUGUGAUAAAACUUGUCAUAACUUAAUACCUUAAGCUCAGGUAAUGAGAAUGCUAGGCAGAUAGAAAAAUCAUGAUAAAGAAAUGAGAAGAGA